AUGGCACGCAGUCAUUUCCUUUCAUUUUAUGUGAUUUUAAUCCUCCUGCCUUUACUCGGCUGUCGCCUUAUUGAUAAAGCUCUCCUAGAAAAGUCGACUUUGACGAAACUUGAUCACAUACAUGGAGAAGAUCCUGAUGAUUUUCUUCUGAUAGAACCUUUUACGGAUCUCCAAGUGGGACAGCAGAAGCAAUAUCGAGAAAAUUCCAAAUCUAUGUUUGAUAUCACGAGACUCAAAGGAACAUUCACAAGUAUUUUCAAGACUCAAACCCAAACCAAGGCUCCUGAGAGUAAAGCUUUGAUCAGCUGGAAAGUCUGCUAUGGUAUUGCUCAAAAGGCUUCUGGACCAUCUAACUCUCUUGAAGUACAAAACAUGGCCACAGCUGUCCGGGCCAUAGGCCCUCGUUUUGAUCUGUAUCAAAAUACUGCUCGAGUUAAAAUCCAAGAUGUAAAAUAUGCAAUCAAUCUUCACGCUCUUUCUCUCCAGAGCGAUUCUCUAAAUACAGCGGAAAGGAUCUGGUCUGUUGGGGUACUGGAAUACCUAAGAUCUCAACUAUCGGAGGGGUAUAGAAAUUCAUUACAUGCUCCGAUCCCUGAUGUCUGGACUGCUAAGGACUUGAGUAGGCCUCGGGGACAGUUUCUGCUUUUCUUUCUGCAAGACAAGGACUUGGGGAAAGCAGCUCAGGAAAUGUGGUCAGAAUUCCCUCCAAAACUAGAGACAUCCGAAUAUGUCACUCAGGAGGCAAUCCAAAGGGAAUCAAUUGUGCAUCUUAUCCAAGAACAGAUUCGCACGGCCACCGAUCGCCCAUCAGCAGAAUUUCAAACAAUCCACCUCGCCUUCAUCAACUUGGAGACUCCCAUAGAUUCUGGAAAAGCUUCAUCGUUGAUGGAACUGAUUAUAAAUCAUUUGAAUCGCCCAAAUAUACCAAAGAGGGAUGGCUUCGAUGAGCAGGCAACCACAGUUCGAUUGCUAUUGCAUCUUGAGGAAUACCAUUAUGAGAGCUAUGUACGAUUCCGAGUAGCGACCGAUUCGCGUGACAUCCAAGAAAAAAUCCUUGCGAGUGACAUCAGUUUUCAACUUGCAGAGAGACUGCCUCCAGGCGUAAGAAGCCUUUUAACAGAAUUCCAAAACACAAUACCUAUCAAUGGACCGCAAAUCAUCAAAGUUUUAGAAAGCUUAAAACACGAGCAGAUAUCAAGUCCACAACUAGGAAGAUAUUUCAGAGCACUCAACUUUGUAGUCAAUCGAAACCGGGCGAUAUAUACGUACUUUCAUUACCAACUUAAAAAUUACCCCGAAAUUAUGCCAAAGCUCUUUGAGAUGUUAAUACAGCGUCGUUAUGGACAGAUGGACCCAGAGUUAUUUUCCAAAGAUUCUUCAGAGUAUCUGAUAUAUAGUGAAAAUGAAGAUCGUGUAGCAAUGAAGUAUAGAGAUGCUCUCGCAGAGGUUCUGGUGUCCAAACAGGUCCUUUCAGAGCGCGAUACUACUGAAAGAUCCCAAAAUUUGGCUGGGGCGUCCAAACAAAGUAUCCUUACUAGUAUGCUAUAUGCGAUUUUCAAGAAAGUUUCGGAAUCCAAAGCAUUUGAGCACAACGACCCGGAGACAGAAGCCCUGCUUGUUGAAUACAUCCUUCACCUCAUAUCCUUCAAAAUCGGUGACAGGACGCUAUACCGUCGUCUCAUUGCCUAUAAGCAAAAUACAGAAAAGCGCCCCGCCUAUCAGACUUUGGCCUUUGAAAUGCUUAGACAAGAAAUAUUCCAAUUUGUUAACAAGAGGGCUUGGAAUUAUGCGCGUCAACCCGAGGAUUUCACACAAGAUCUUCGAGGACUUGAAGAUCAGAUACUGUAUAAGGGUUAUAUGCUAAAAGAUGAUUAUCUUAGUGAUUGGACCGAAGUGGCCACCGGGCGGACAGGCGAAGUUCUUCAUAAUUUCAAAUUCCAAGAGUCCAAUAUACCUGUGAACCAAUGUUUCCAAUCUCCAAGAGUCCUCUAG